CCCAGCAUCCCUGGCGCGGCCAUUUCAGCCCCAUCUUGGCUGAGGGGAGGGAGCUGCAGCCGCCGCUUCAGCAGUUUGAAUUUCAGUUUCUCCAGAGCCUGCGAACCGGUCGCACCGAGGAGGAGCCGAAGAAGCUACCGCCGCUACCUCACACAGCUAGAGCGCCGCCGCUUGCCGGCCCGCCGGCCGCCGCCCCUCAUUCUCUCAAGAGCCGCGAGGGGAGGCCGAGACCGCCGCCGCCGCCCGCCCGCGGGGGUGGCUCCCCCUGUAAGGGGAGGACCGAGCCGGCUUUCCCCUCCCCCGGAGCGGGUUUCCGCCAGAGACAGUCGACAUGUCCCUGGGGCUGAGCUCCGGCUAGAGCCGGGGAGGGAGGGCAGCCCGGCCGCACCGAAGCUCCGCCGCCCGCCCGCGGCUCCUGGCUGAAUCAGGAAUUCCCGGCUCCGGACUCGCCACUCCUCCUUCUUCCCUCUCGGCGUCCGAGAGCCCGGAGCUGACGCCGGCACUGGCUCGAGGAGCGGGACAGCACCGCCCCUCACGCCGCCGCCGCCUCCUCCCCUUCGCCCUCCCACUCCCACCCCCAGCCUAGGCCUGCUGACCGCGCGGAGCGCCGAGCUGGACUGACCACGGCGGCCCGGAGACGCGAGGAGGAAGCAGCCGGCCCGCCCCUGGGAUCGCGCUUUCGCUGCCACUGGGGGUAUUGAAUUGAGGCACCGCGACUGCGGGAGGCGAGAAGGAAGGAGGAGCCGCCGCGCGAGUGAGACGGGGGCAGAGCCGAAGAGACCGACACGGAGAAGGAAACGGGAGGAGGAUGUCUCGCGGAGCGGCCGACGCACGGAUCAACCCGUGACUCUUAGAGCGGCGGGCCUCAGACCCCAGCGCGGACGCGGACUUUGUCUUUGGGGGCCCUGCUCUACCCUUCCUGGUUUCCGGCAAGAUCGCAGAGGAGCCGGUGUGCCUCUCUGCCCUCCAGCCUUCUUCACCAUGUCCAAGAUGCCGGCCAAGAAGAAGAGCUGCUUCCAGAUCACCAGUGUCACCACAGCACAGGUGGCCACUAGCAUCACCGAGGACACCGAGAGCCUGGACGAUCCGGACGAGUCACGCACAGAGGACGUCUCCUCCGAGAUAUUCGACGUUUCUCGGGCCACGGAUUACGGCCCCGAGGAGGUCUGCGAGCGCAGCUCCUCCGAAGAGACGCUCAACAAUGUUGGGGAUGCGGAGACUCCCGGUACCGUCUCCCCCAACCUCGUCCUGGACGGGCAGCUGGCGGCCGCGGCGGCCACUCCCGCCAACGGAGGAGGAGCCGCUUCGGCCCGCAGCGUGGCUGGGGUACUGGCCAGUACCCUAGCGGCGGCCGCCACCUCGGCCCCCUCCUCAGGGGCCCCCGGAGCCCCCCCGGUCGCGGGCCCCUCCGCCGGGCCGGGAACUGCCGCCCCCUCGCAGCCCCCCACCACUUGUAGUUCCCGUUUCCGCGUGAUCAAGCUGGACCACGGCAGCGGGGAGCCGUAUAGACGCGGCCGAUGGACGUGCAUGGAAUACUAUGAGCGGGAUUCCGACAGCAGCGUCCUGACCCGGUCCGGGGAUUGCAUUAGGCACAGCAAUACUUUUGAUCAGACUGCAGAUCGGGACAGCGGCCUGGGCGCCACCGGAGGGUCCGUGGUGGUGGUGGUGGCCUCCAUGCCGGGGGCGCACGGGCCCGACUCGGGAACUGACAGUUCCUUGACUGCUGUGUCACAGCUACCCCCGUCGGAGAAAAUGAGCCAGCCCGCCCCGGCCCCGCCGCAGAGUUUUGGCGUUGGGCAGCCGCAGCCGCAGCCGCCGCCCGUAGGUGGGGCUGUGGCUCCGAGCUCGGCUCCGCUGCCGCCGUUCCCGGGAGCCGCGGCCGGGCCGCCGCAGAUGAUGGUAGCCCCGCCGCCCAGCCAGCCCCCGGGCGCCGCGCCUGGCUCCGUCCCACCGGGGCCCAACGGACAGGCGCUGCCGCUGACGAAUGUAACCCUGGUGCAGCCCGGCCUGGCCCUGCCUCCGCAGCCCGGCCCGGCCGUGGGCGCUUCUGCCGCGCCGCCGCCCCAGCAGUUCGCGUAUCCCCAGGCUCAGAUUCCGCCGGGCCAUCUGCUGCCCGUCCAGCCCGCCGGCCAGAGUGAGUACCUGCAGCCGCACGUGGCCGGCCUGCAGCCGCCCAGCCCGGCGCAGCCCUCGUCCGCGGGCGCCGGAGCGGGCCCCGCCGCGGUAGCCGGCCUCCCCGGGGGCCCCAGCCAGAACGCCUCCUCCACGGGCGCGCAGAUGAUGGGCGCGGCCUCCCUGCCUGGCGAAGCCGUGGCCCCGGGGCCGGGCCCAGCGCAGGGCGGACCGGCCGCGCCCGGUCAGCCGGCCGGAGUGCCCCCGGCUGCCGUGGGAGGCUCGGCGCCGUCGGGCCUGGUUCCCGCCGGGGCCGGGCAGCCUCAGCCCGCGCCUCCGCCGCAGAUGGGUGGCAGCGGCGCGCCAUCGGCAGUGCCCGGCGGCCCUCACGCCGUGGUGCCCGGAGUUCCGAACGUGCCUGCUGCCGCGCCCGUUCCCAGCGUGCCUAGUGUGUCUACCACUUCUGUUACUAUGCCAAAUGUACCCGCGCCCUUGGCCCAGGCGCAGCAGCUGGGCAGCCAUCCUCCGGUCAGCAGGAGCGGCAGCAUCAUCCAGCACGUGGGGCUGCCCUUAGCGCCAGGCACGGCCAGUGCACCGACGAGUCUACCGCAGUCUGACCUAAGCCAGUUUCAGACUCAGACCCAGCCUUUAGUCGGGCAAGUUGACGAUACUAGAAGAAAAUCCGAAUCCCUACCUCAACCACCACUUUCUCUCAUUGCUGAAACUAAGCCUGUUGUGAAGCCUCCUGUUGCAGAUGCCCUGGCAAACCCCCUUCAGUUAACACCUAUGAACAGUCUCUCCACCUCUGUAUUCAGCAUAGCUAUUCCUGUUGAUGGUGAUGAAGACAGGAAUCCUUCAACUGCUUUCUUCCAAGCGUUCCAUUUGAACACGAUUCAGGAAUCAAAGAACCUCUGGGAUAGUGCAUCUGGGGGAGGUGGUGUAGCCAUUGACAACAAAAUAGAACAAGCAAUGGAUCUGGUGAAAAGCCAUUUGAUGUAUGCAGUAAGAGAAGAAGUGGAAGUUCUAAAGGAACAAAUAAAAGAAUUAGUUGAAAGAAACUCUUUACUUGAACGAGAAAAUGCACUGUUAAAAUCUCUUUCAAACAAUGAUCAGUUAUCCCAACUCCCAGCCCAACAGGCCAAUGCUGGUAGCACUUCUCAACAGCAAGCAGUGAUAGCACAGCCUCCGCAGCCAACACAGCCUCCGCAGCAGCCGAAUGUGUCCUCAGCAUAAAGCUUUCUUGCCUCAUUAAGAAAAAAACUGAAAGCAGUCUAUCCUUGUGUGCCACUGGUGUUCUUUCCACUUUAUACGAAAGCAAGUAGCCAUGCUUCAGUUGUGUGUUUGGCCUUUUCAGUAUUAGACAAUCAUUCUACAAGAGCUUUUCCUCUCUUUGAGAUGUCAUGCAGUGCUGUUGAUGUCCAGUUUAUGUCAUCAGUACACAAGGAGAAUAAUAGAUGGGGUGUAUUCAAGAGAGCAAAGUUAGCAUUUUACCUGGUGCGCACGAGUGGGGUCUUUUAAGAGCUUUGGUGGCUCUCCCAUGUUUCCUAUUAUCCAUGGAUUUACCCUGAGCCUUCCUAUCGCAUUAUAAAUAACAGUUCAUCUAAAGAGCCACUUUUCUUUCAAUAUCAGUAACAUUUGCCUACAUAAGUUUUCAUUUAUUUGUGUUUUAUUUAUUACAGGGCUGCUAUUUUCAUAAUGUACAUGAACAAUGUCACAGAACUUUUUUAAUUUUUUUGAAUAAUUAUAAGUAUCAGUAAAGGAAUUGAAAGACAGGAUUGCAUUUAAUAGAUGAAACGUUUAGGCAAUAAUUGAACAAAAGAAUCCUGGCAUAUUUCUAACACUAAUGACAAUUUACCUUCGGUAUUUAUUUUCAGUAGUAAAGACCCAGCUUGAAUGUAAAUUUUGUAUAGUGUAAGUAUGAAGAACAUAGUGCAACUGUACAGGUAGUCACCAGUUAUUGUGAUAUAAUAAAUAAUUGGGCUAUUUUGAUGAAGAAAACUUUGUUCAUUUGUUUCUACUUUCUAAUAGAGAAAUUGCCACGAUUCCUCUGCUUUUUGACAUUUCGUAUGACUUUUUUUUCGGGUGGGGAUAAAAAGCUGUGAAAUUGUUCAACCUACUUUGUAACCAAAGAAGCAAAGCUGUGUAAUGGAGUUUUGUUGGGUUUUUUUGUUGUUUUUUUUUUUAUAAUGCACAUUCUUUAUGUAUUUUUAUUUAGUGUUCUCUCGGUCACAAUUUUCUUUGCUGUCUAGCAUGAUCUGCAUGACCUAUAAUCUUUGAACCACUUUCGUACCUCAUGUUUUUAUCCAGCACUCUUAUUGUAAUAUGUACUAGUCUGUGAACAAUGUCAAAUAAAAAAGAACGAACAGGUAGUAUGGUGGAGCUGAGCUAGUGUACUAUACACUAGUUGUAAAAAAAAAAAAAAAAAA